AUGGAAUGGACCAGCUUUACGGUAUCAAUCUCAAGUGUUUUGUCGCUACCUGAAGAAGUGAAAUCACCAUGGAAUAUGCGUUCCCGACGGUCUCUAGGUCUGAUUGGAGUCUUUGCAGCAGGCUCAGAGCCACGCAGUGGUGACCCUGACUUCGUCAUUGCAACAGGUGCUGGCUCAGGGUCAAACUAUGUAAUUGGUUCAAAGGAUGUAUCUGGCUCAACUGAUGCUAUUUGCUUGGAUGCAUUUGAUCGAUUUGCGAUUUUGUUGUAG